UUUGUAUAUUUGUAGGUAACUCCAGCUGUUGCAUUUAUACUGGGAAUCUUCAUAAGAAGCUGAGAGAAAGAGAGGGGAAAGAGAAAGUGGCUUUCUACUUUCAAAAAUGAAACAAAAAGGAAAAAUGGCAAAGUACUGUUUUAGCUGUGCAUGGUCAUAUCCACAAAGACUUUUAGCAGGUGAACUGUUCCAAGACUGACACAAGGAUGUUUCAAACUUGCCUCUGUCUGUAGCAAAUGUUAAAAAUACCAACUCACUUGGAAGGAAAAAUAAAAAUCACAAAGGUAUAUUGAGCACAGUAGUGGUGUUUGUUGCAACAUUUAUUUCCACAAAUGAAUUUAUGAACAACAGUGAUAUUUGACUUAAAGUAUGAAGUUUCAGAAUCAAAAUAAUUUCAUUUUAAUACGUUCAUUAAUUGUGACUCUCUUCAAUGGUAAUUAGCAACACUGUUCCCAGGAUGCAAAGUUGGGAAACACUUAUUUCCAACUUAUUUUUUUCCAAGUAAAAUAUUGUCUCUCUUCAACAUGCUUUAACUUUUCAGACUCACACAGAUACGUACCAGCUCCUUCUCCCUCCAUAUCGAUACACUAAGAUAAAAGAAUACUGUAUUUUCAGCACUGAGCAGCAGUGCCAAAAUCUCCUGCCAAGAAAUGGACUGUGUGGCAUUAUUAAUUAAAUCACCCACAUUGGGAUGACUUCCACUUUUGUAACUAGAGUUAUCUUUAUGUGGUCAGAGCUGGACAUAGGCAGCAUAGUCACACAGAACAUCUUAUCUCUGUUGCUGAAUUGAAUAGCAUGGGAUGUGUGCAGAGGAACAUGGUAGGAGUAUGUAGGUUUUGUAGCCAGACAGACCUGAACUCAAAUCUUGCUCAUUUUUUAGAGCACAGGAUUUGGACUACAAAUUGAGGGUUUUAAUCCCCAUGCCACCAUUCAGCAUCUUUGACUAGUUAUUGAACCUCUUCCUCAUCUAUAAAAGGUAUAGUGUUUCUGAUUCCUUGAUGGAUUGUUACAAGGAUGAGGGAUGCUGCAUGUUAAGGACUCAGCUCAUAGUUGUGUUCAAUAAAUGGCUGUUAUUUUAUGAAGCCUACUACUGCAGAUUAUGCAAUUAUUACUAGAAUAAUGCCACCUUAUGUGGGUCUUCCCCUCUAGUCCCUUAUUGAUUGUUCUUAUUUCUCUCAAGUAUUGCCAACCAAUAAUCUCCCCUUGCUUAUAGAAGUGGUUCAAGAUCUGAUUAUAAAAUCUCACAUACUUCUAUAGCAGAUAACUAUUAACAGAUAAGGUAUUAACAGAUAAUGUUUGAAGCUAAUUUUCACCACCAACAUCCCCUAAAUAAAACCAGCUUUUAAUGUAAAUCACAUAGCAUGCUGCUUUAGAAAGGCUUGAAGGUAGUAAUUAUAAACUAUUAUUAAGCAUCCAAAAUGAAGGUCUCCUUUUGCUAAUAUCAUUCAGAUUUUCUUAUUACUACAAUUAUUAUGAAUAAAUUCUGUGAAGAGUGCUUUAAAAUAAGAGAGAAAUGGAAGACCAAAUUUGUACAUUUAAAAUCUGGCUGGAAUUGAACUUGUUAUUGUGUCUUAAAUCCUUUUUUGUGCCAAAGCAGGUAUGUAUACAUUAAUAGUAAGAUGUACAUUAUUUUUAAAGUACUUAUAACAUGUAAGAUUAUCAAUAUGUAUAGUUUUUAUUGAGAGAUCAAAGUAGGAUUAAACUUCUUGUUUUGAAAGCAGACAUUACUUUUUAAGUUCAAGUAUUGUUGAUUCUUAUUUACACAUAUUGGAUACCCUCUAUUGCUAUUUCUUUUAGAUUAUUGUGAUAACUUGUCAGUACAUUCAUCUAAUGUCUCUAUACUCUUAAUAAUGUCUAGGCAUUUGUCCUGGUAAUACACUUGGCGAAUUUAUAGUUCUUAGAUUAUAAUUACAUCUUCAAGGUGGCAGUCAACAACAUAAGUUUCUAACCAUCAACAUAUUUGGUUUGUAAGAUGAUCAAUAUGUAGUUUAAGAAGCCAUAUUAUAAUUAUCUUAAUUAAAGUAGCAAAGUUAGAAAAUACCUUUUACAUCUUCUAAAUUUAAUCCUAUGAAGAAUAAGAUCUCUGUCCUGGGAAUGAGCACUUUGUAAUUCAUAGAUCUUGGACUGGGAACCCAGUUAAUAUAAACUCUUAAAAGACCGACUUGGGAAGAUCUUUGAGGGCAUUGAGUGAGAACUUGCACCAGUUCAGUAACAACCCCUCCUCAACAUUAGAAUCUAUAUUGCUUAAAAAGUCAUUUCCACACCCUAGCUUGCCAUAUGACAAGAGAGUUAGAAGGUUGUGGGAAAUUUAUUUUUUAAAGCCCACAUAUGUUAUAUAAUAAGAUAUUUUAAGAGGUAUUUCAGUUCAAUGCUAUUUCUUUUGGACAUGGUGGCAUAUGUAAAAGGGCUAUCACAGGGAACCUAGAGGUGGGAAUAAAGAUCCAGCAAUGUGAGGUAGCUUUCAACAGUCAUACUUCUUGCUACAUCUAUGUAAACAUGUGUUUUAUGUCUAUUUUUAUGACAUAUGCAGAUAUCUUCAUGCUUAGGUUAUAUCGCUGUAGUCACCUUUAUUCAACACUUAAAUCUCAACCACAAAGAAAGAGAUGAAAUAAUGUUAGUAUAAAUUUAAAUUUUAAAACUCGACAUAUCUUGAAAAUCGAUGAUUGCACAACUUUGUGAAUAUACUAAAAUCAUUACAUUGCACAUUUUAAAAACAUGAAUUUUAUGGUAUGUGAAUUACAUCUCCAAAGAAAAAAAAAAGCAGAAUAUUCCAGGAGGAUUGUCAUUUAGCCUACCCUUUUCCUUUCAUGAACCCUAAAUCACACCAGAGGUACCUGUUUAGAAGCAGGAGGGAGAGCUUCCUGUUGAAAUUAGAGCUAAUUAGUGACUAUUGAUCUUAUAUGUGUCCAUAUUUGUAGAAUAAAAGCCAACACAGUGGGUGGUACAUUAAUUUUUAGUGAUGCCCAUUAAUUUCCAGGUAGAACAUAUGUUGUACAUUAUAUGUAUACACACAUAUAAACAUAUAUAAGUAGGUAAUACACACACAUAUAUGCACUGCCUGUGCUACCUGGUCUUGGCAUCAGUUUAUAUUUUAAACUCAGUGAACACCAUAAUGACUGCUUUAUAGCCUUUACUCUUUCUGUUUUUCUUCAUGACUAGAUUCCAAGAGACAGAAAGGAAACUUUUUUGAAAGAACAAUGUAGAAUGUUUAUUUCAAAUCUCUUUUAUCCUCCUUCUUAACUUGCACCUGACCAGGUUUGUGUAAAAUUCUUUGUCUACUCUAACAUUUUGGUUUGUAAAUUUAGUGAUUGAUUUCUAAUGAAGUGAAAUUAGGAUAAAGAUUUGGCUGUAGAAUAAGCAUGUUUUCAUUUUUAUACAGGUUCCCAGAAGACACACAUUUAUCAAUAUGUGUAGCUGUUUUAGUAUAUUUUAGAAACUAGUAACUAAGCCCUUAAUAAGCAAAGUUACCAAUUUCAGAAAUUAAAAUAUUUUCUAUCUUAAAGAGAUGAAUUGUUUCUGUUGUGAGGAAAGUUUUCUAGUGAUGGUAUCAGUUGCUGGUACUUUUUGGAGAUCUGUAGCCUUCAUCUACCUUUGGAGAACGAUAUGCUUCUCUGGUUUAAUUAAAUAACUAUUUGCACAAAUGUGAGUUAAGGCUUAAAAACACAGCUAAUUGGCCGGGCAUGGUGGCUCUUGCCUGUAAUCCCAGCACUUUGGGAGGCCGAGGUGGGUGGAUCACUUGAGGUCAGGAGUUCCAGACCAGCCUGGCCAACAUGGUGAAAUGCUGCUUCUACUAAAAAAUACAAAAAUUAGCUGGGUGUGCUGGCAAGCACCUGUAGUCCCAGCUACUCGAGAGGCUGAGGCAUGAGAAUCGCUUGAGCCUGGGAGGGGGAGGUUGCAGUGAGCCAAGAUCAUGCCACUGCACUCCAGCGUGGGCAAUAGAGCCAGACUCUGUCUCAAAAAAAAAAAAAAAAAAAAAAAGAAACGACCAGGUGCAGUGGCUCACGCCUGUAAUCCCAGCACUUUGGGAGGCAGAGGUGGGCAGAUCACAAGGUCAGGAGAUCGAGACCAUCCUGGCUAACAUGGUGAAACCCCAUCUCUACUAAAAAAUAAAUAAAUAAAAAUAUUUAAAAAAAUUAGCCAGGCGUGGUGGCGGGCACCUGUAGUCCCAGCUACUUGGGAGGCUGAGGCAGGAGAAUGGUGUGAACCCAAGAGGCGGAGUUUACAGUGAGCCAGGAUCACGCCACUGCGCUCCAGCCUGGGCGACAGAGUGAGACUCCAUCUCAAAAAAUAAAAAUAAAAAUACACACACCCACACACACACACACAGCUAGUUAAUUAAAUUCAGUGAAUCUCCAAAAGCAUAAUAAAGGUUACCUGUUCUAGAUGGGAAAAUACUAAAAGAAUCUGGAAUGCUUAAACUCUCUUGGGUUUGGGACACAGACAUUAUUAUAAAUACAUAAUUUCUAAUUGAAGUGUCUUAUGCAUGUUCAGUACAAUUAAAUUUAGAAUGUUUAACCUCAUUCUUGAGAUUAAACAAAGUAAUUUUUAAAAUCAAAAUGUAAUUUAAACAAAGAAAAUGAUUCCUCUAUGUUUCCACAGAGUUUUUUCUUGCACAUACUGGUUUUUGUAGAGCAAUUGCUCCUACAUGUAAUUUCAAAUUAAGCUAUUAUGCAUAGUAAAAAUAAUACAAAUGGAAUAUUUGAAAUAAAGCUUAAUUGUACUUUUUUGCCAUCCUUAAAUAUCUAAUGCAAUAGUUUAAUUUUCACAUUUCUUUUAAACUUGACAAAUAAAAGUUUAAAUUAGGAUACAUUUCUUACCUAUAAAAAAGAGGGAGUAGACUUUUAAAAAAAACUGUUGGACCCUUUCUUACUCAGGGGAGUCAAGAUAAGUGAAUCCAUCUUCGAAAAAUGUUUUUCUGGCUGGGUGUGGUGGCUCACACCUGUAAUCCCAGCACUUUGGGAGGCCGAGGCAGGUGGAUCACUUGAGGUCAGGAGUUCAAGACCAACCUGGCCAACAUGGUAAAACCCUGUCUCUACUAAAAAUACAAAAAUUAGCCAGGUGUGGUGGCACAUAACCUGUAGUCCCAGCUACUCAGUAGGCUGAGACAGGAAAACCUCUUGAACCUGGGAGGCAGAGGUUGCAGUGGGCAGAGAUCGUGCCACUGCACUCCUGCCUGGGUGACAGAGCAAGACUCCAUCUCAAAAAAAAAAAAAAAAAAAAAAAAAAAAAUUUCUGCCAUAGCAAAUAAACUUACAUUUUAUUAUUUUUUCAUAUCCCAAAAACUGUGUUGGCUUUUGGAAAUAUUAUGUUAUGAAAUAAUGUGCUUUUAAGGAAUAGUAAUAGACACAAGGAUGGUUUAUAUAUGCCUAUGAUAACUUAAUGAUAAACUUCAGAAGUCUUCCACUUUCUCUUUGAGCUUGGAUAAUCCAGAGAGUUCAUUGUUAUAGGAUGGUGAAGAUGUAAAACUAAAUCCUUUUGGCUUCUCAAGCAAUAUAGCUAAUAAGGAGUGGGUGAUUUCUAACAAUGCUGGUCUGCUAGAGUCCCUUAUACUUAACCCUUGGGGGAAGAAUAUGCUUUAGGAACACUAAGAAUUUCUAGUAUGUUUACUGAUGAUCUUCAGAGUUUUCAAGAAACUUUCAUUAAUUUUUAGAAAGUUUUCUUUUCUGUUUAAGUAUUACUGAGAAAAUUACCUGACACUAAUAUGUUUCUAUAUCAUCUAGAAUGCAUCUGCUUUUUGAAAAUUUGAUUUGCGUACUAGAGUAGAGCAAGGAUCUGCAGACUGUGGUUUAUAGGCCAAAUCUGGCUCACUGCCAGUUUUUGUAAACCAAGUUUUAUUGGAACACAACCACACCUGUUUAUUUAUUUAUAGUGUAUGGCUGGUUUUGUAUGACAUUGGUAGAGUUGAGAAAUUUCAACACAGACCAUGCGACUUGCAAAGCCUAAUAUAGUUACUUUCUGGCAAUUUACACUAGAAGUUUGCUGACCCCUGUGCAAGAGUAUAACCUAAGAUAGUUUUUUAAGCGCUGAAAGAAAUGCAGUCUGUUUGGCCAGCUGUCAUUUAUCACUGACAAGAUUUUGUUUUUAGUUUGACAUUUAAAAAUUUGAAAUUUUCCACUACAAAGAUAAAAUUGGAUGUGAUGAGUAAAGGAGGGAAGCACAAAACCUUCAAAUAUCCAUAUUUUCUUUCUCAGAUCUUCAUUAUGGACAACAUAGAUAUUUAAACAUUUUAUCUGUAGGCAUUUGAAAACUUGAAUAUGAUAGCUGUCAACUCUUUUAAAAGAGGUAUCCAAAAGAAAAUAUGUGAGAGUUGAGUAUGUUGUUGCUAAUAAAUUUGCACUGAGUCUUUUAGGAAAACAUUUUCUCCUGACCCUUAAAAGUCUUUAAAAACAUGUGCCAAGAAUUCAUCAUAGCAGCAGACAACACCCAAAAUAUUGAGCUAGGGUUUAUAAAGCCGCCUCCCUCCUCGUCAUUUUUUCCUUUAAAGCUUAGUUUCUUUACUUUUAAUUACCAGUUCACGUUUCUCUGGUUUCUCAUCUUGAAAUAAAUGACGUUCACAAUCCCUUGAACUGCUUCACCCAGACUUCAGCCCCCAGGUACACAUGAGAUCCAGGAUCCAUUUUUCUUUUGCAUUGCCCUGCCCAGCAAUUUCAUUCUUUUGUCUGAAAAUGAACUAUUUUGCAACAUUUCUGACCUUGUCAUAUAAGGAAGUUCCUUCCACCCAGCUUUAACAACACAGUAUCAACACCUCACAUCGUAGUUCCUUAAUAGUCCCACAUACAGCAUUUUAGUCAUUCAUGCAAACUGUAAACAGCAAUGUGGAGAGGGAGGAGUUUGAAGAUAUGAGUCUUCCUGAGUUGAGACUUGCCCACUGGCUGCCUCAAGUAUCUUUGUUCCAUUGAAUGUUUGCGGUCACAGAGAGAACUUAGAGUUAUAUGACACUCGAAGGAAAAGCAAAAGAGCAUUAAGAAGUGUCUGUUUUUGUUAUUGCCAUUUCAUAAAUAUUUUAGUAGGUGUUCAAUUUCAUUGGAUAUUCUUUUUUUUUUAAUUGUCUUUGUACCUAUGAUUGAAAACAGUAGUUGGUCUAUGACUUUUGAGGAGAGGGAGAACCGAAGAUUACAGGAGGCCAGCAUGAGGUUGGAACAAGAGAAUGAUGACCUUGCCCAUGAACUAGUAACAAGCAAAAUUGCUCUACGGAAUGACUUGGAUCAGGCAGAAGACAAGGCAGAUGUGUUGAAUAAGGAGCUCCUUUUGACCAAACAGAGGCUGGUGGAGACUGAAGAGGAGAAGAGGAAGCAAGAGGAAGAGACUGCCCAGCUAAAAGAAGUCUUCAGGAAACAGCUAGAGAAGGCAGAAUAUGAAAUAAAGAAGACUACAGCUAUCAUUGCUGAGUAUAAACAGAUCUGUUCGCAGUUGAGUACCAGGCUGGAGAAACAGCAAGCAGCCAGCAAGGAGGAGCUGGAAGUGGUAAAGGGUAAGAUGAUGGCAUGCAAACACUGCAGUGACAUUUUCAGCAAGGAGGGUGCUUUGAAACUAGCAGCCACAAGCAGAGAGGACCAGGGAAUUGAAACAGAUGAUGAGAAGGACUCACUUAAGAAGCAGCUGAGAGAGAUGGAACUGGAACUGGCACAAACCAAACUGCAGUUGGUGGAGGCCAAGUGUAAAAUUCAGGAACUUGAACAUCAGAGAGGAGCCCUUAUGAAUGAAAUCCAAGCUGCGAAAAACUCUUGGUUUAGCAAAACCCUGAACUCUAUCAAAACGGCCACGGGCACCCAGCCAUUGCAGCCAGCACCGGUCACCCAGCCACCCAAGGAGAGCACAUAGUUCCAGCCUUACCCAAGCACAAGAGCACAAUGUUCAAAGCAAUGGAAAUCUGGGAGGAUUCUUCCUGGUGUCCCUUUGAAGGAAAGUCAAGGAGGCCAGAAAACAAGCCAGAAUCUUUCAGUAGCUCUCAGUCUUUCUUGUAUGACACUUUUCAAAGGGAUGUUAUUUAAACUGACCUGUUCUAUGUUGAAUACCUAUUUUCCAGCUUCAUGGAAGGCCAUGUUCAGAUCCAUCAUAGUAUUACACAUUAUUUUGUUUGCCUGAUGUUUAGUUGGAAAUAAGUAAUUCAGAACUAAAUGCUUUUUUAUUUAGAACUAAUUAUUCAUAAUUAUUUUUAUCUUACAUAAAAAUGGAGACAUCUGUUAUUCCAAGGUUGAAGUGAUAAGAAGAUCUUUGUCACAGGAAAAAAAAAAUUGAAACCUAAACAUCUUAAGUUUUCAGGAUUUAUUCAGAUAAAGCACACUGUGGGGCCAGGCAUGACCACUCUCAGGUUUCCUCCUGAGCCUGAUUCCCAGGGGAGUGUUAAUCCUGUCCAAAGGAAAGAACCAAUCAGCGAUCAUUGGUUUACUUUCAUUUUCUGUUCAGUACAUCUGGAAAUGAAGUGCCAGGAAUAGACGGGCUGUUCAGAUUAUACGCUAGGUAAAAGGAACUGAGAUUUUAAUAAGUGUAGGUUAGGAUCAUUUGGGCUGUGGUAUUCUAACAGAUCCUUUUAAGAACUCCACAUAGGACUUGUGAGUUCCUAAGUACGCCUAAGUAUGGACACAGAUGUGACUUCUGGCAAUUAUAAAGUUAAAGGUGGAUAUUGCGCCUUACAGACUUAGGGAGCCUUUACCAGAGACGCCUAAAAAGCCCCAGGUUCAGCCAUUGUGCUGAAUAGAGUGGAAUAUAGAACCAGGGACAGAGUAUUUCAUUUAAUGUUGAUAUAUACUUGCUAAGGAAACACUAACAAUACUGUAACUUUGUUAAAGGACAUAGUAUUGAAAUGGGAAAUAGAGGUCAGGCUCACAUCACCUUAGUUUAAUGCUGGGCAACUUUUUCUGAUUUCUGUAGUUCCCUGAAAAUGUGUCCUUCGUACCCAUAAAGAGAUACAAAUGCAUUUGUAACAUUUUUGAUUGAAUAUAAAACCUUUACAGAAAUACUUAUCUCAUGGAAAGGUAAAGCUAUUGUUUAAAAAUUAGUGGAAAUAUUUUUUCAAUUAUAUUUAACAUGCCUAUAAAAAUAGUCCUUGCAGGAAAUUAUUUGAUAAGAGCAAAACUAUUUUUAUUUUAUAAACUAUUUUGGAGGCCUCUGAUCCUUUCAAACCAACCAAACUACUAUUAGAUAUGUACAAUAACAUUUGUUGAUAUUCAUCAUUGGCCUCAUUGUUGAACAUAUUAUUUGCAAAGAAUCUUAAACUCUGUAGUGCCAGAAUGAUUCUCAUCUGUGCCAUAUUUUGCAAUUAAAAGUAACACACCCUUAGAAGAAUCAAAUAAGAGCCACAUCCCAGGAGGAUGCACCAAGUUGCUCACAGUGGAUCUUUUCCUCUAAAAUGAUCUUUUAUGUUCUAAAAAGUGAAAACCCCUUUAUCUGUGUUUAUAUUCUCUACAGCCCAUAAAACUGAUGUGAUUGUUAUGUUAUACUCAUCAGAUAAUACUUUUCUUACAUAAAUCUUUCGUUGUUGUUCUGACAUCUUUCAUUACAAAAUUUAUUUUCUUAACAAAAAGGAACAUAACCCACCAUUCCAAGUGUCUGUGUUGGCUUUAACAUUCUCUACAUGGUGGUCUAGAUAAGCUAAUUUUUUUUUUUUUUUUUUUUUUGUAAAAUGUAAUAGCUAGAAAAUGUUAUCUUGGCGCUUGUUUUUGUAAAUCAUUUAGUAUAGGCUGUUAGCUUUACUGGUACUUUACGCUUUGAUUCCAAGAAGCCUUGUGCAGUUGCCUUAUCAAAUGGCCAGCUAAAUUAAAGAUGCUCUUUUGUGUUGUGAAUUUCAUAGUUCUGUACAGAGCUUGUUUCAAUUUACAAAAAUAAGUACAUUCCACAGAAUGCCUAAAGUGUGUAAUUUUCUUUAAAUAAUAGUAGGUGAGGGAGAAACAUAAUGGCUCUAGGUCAAUCCCUUAUCUAAAGACCUUGUUCAACUUCAUAGUCCCUUUCCUUUUAAAGAGAAGAAGAGAAAAAUCCCCCCGGCCAGGCAUGGUGGCUCACGUCUGUAAUCCCAGCACUUUGGGAGGCUGAGGUGGGUGGAUCACCUAAGGUCAGGAGUUUGAGACCAGCCUGGCCAACAUGGUGAAACCCUAUCUCUACUGCAAAAUACAAAAAUUAGCCGGGCUUGGUGGCGGGUGCCUGUAAUCCCAGCUACUCGGGAGGUUGAGGCAGGAGAAUCACUUGAACCCAGGAGGCAGAGGUUGCAGUGGGCCAAGAUUACGCCAUUACAUUCCAUCCAGCCUGGGCGACAAGAGCAAAAUUCCGUCUCGAAAAAUCACCAGGUACAUACCUCUCAAGUUUGAUAAGUCCAUCUUUUGAGUUUUCUUUUAGCUCUUUCAAAAGAUUACGAGGGCAAUACAUAGUUUUUUUUUUUUUAUUCUCCAGCCCCAUAUCAUACUUGGGUAUGCCUGUUGGUACCAUAAGCCUAAAUUCUCCUUCACUGCAAUGCCUUUGAGUCAGUAGCAAUAGUAAAGACUAGAAACAAAGAAAAUUCAGAAUUUGGUAUGUGAUAUGAUUGUUCAUACAAUGUUAUAAUAGCAAUAUUCCAAACAAUAUGUCCUUCAUUGUCUAUUGUUGGAAAACUCAUGAAUCCCAGCAUGAAGUAACUCCUAGUUUUAAUUUUAGUUAUUUUGAGAUAUAUUGGAGAAUUGCAUCUCUUCUCUUGAAUUUCAUUUAGAAGAGAUUAACCAGCCAAAUAUCCAGGAAAGUUUCAAAACAUUCUAGUGUUUUUCAUCCUUUGCUAGGAUGCACUCUGUACAAAACAUUCCUCUGAAAAUCUAAUAUUUGCAGUAUCUAAGAAUUGAUCAUUUCUAUUUUCAUUAAAUUCUGUGGAAAAAAUUAAAUGAAUGAAAUUCAACUUCAUAAUUCAGUUCAUCAGCUUUUAUAUCUUGAGAAUCUAAACACGUCUUUAAAUCUGAAAGAAACCAAGCUGGAUUUUGCAGUGCAUAUGUUUGCUAGCUUCCCACAUCCUGAACCAUGUCAAAAUUUGGUUUUAUUUAGUUACAUAUAAUUUAAUGCAAAGAAAUUCUCAGUUACUUAAUGUUCUGUUUAUUUAUGAGUGCCUAUCAGGAACACUAAUAGGAAUGCCAUUCAACCAGUGUCUUCUGCCCCUCUCCCAGCUGUUAAAUUAGUACUUUCUUCUUCUUUGGCUUUCUGAAAUGUCCUGAGUAAAGUAGAAAAGCAACCUUUGUAUGGAUGUGGGGAUAUUUAAUAGUAUGUAUCUUGUUUCAUUUUUUUCCUAUGGUGUAUUAAUAUUUAUUUUUAUCCAACCCCUGCUCCAUUUUCUUAAAAUAUUUUCCAGUUAAUAACUAGUUGCUUUAUUUCCUAGCUGAAGUGAGAAAACCAACAGAAAACAAUACAGAUUUGGGCAGAGGAGAUAGAGUUACAUCUUUAAAGGAGUGAGCCAGUCACCCAGGAGAAUCACAUGUAUAACUGAUGUAGGGGUUUAAGUCUUCGUACUUUCACUAAAAUCUGUCUACUAACUCUCCCACCAACCUUUGCAUCAAACACUUAGGUAGCUGCCUGAUUGGGGGGCCCCUUUAAGGGAAAAAAAAAAAAACUUUUUAAAAAUUAAAUGCCUUGGUUUUGUUUUAUCUUCUGGGAAAGAACACUUUUACUUGAUUAGCAAGAUGAUUAUAUUAUAUAAUUUGCCCUUAAAAACACUCCAAAAUACUGACUCCUUUUCUCCAAUUACAAAUGAGAGUGUGAAGAAAUUCUGUUGUAUGAUUUGAACACUAUUAGGUUUGUAUGUGUGUUUAAUUGGAAGAAUUUUAUAUAGAGUAUCUCUGCUUCUUUUGUUUACCUGGGUACCACACAACCAAAUACACAUUGAGAUUUCAAGAAAUGAUGAUGAAAGCCAGAAGGCCAGACCACAGCUCUGCAGCCUGUUUCCUACAACCAGAUAUAAAACUCUUUCUCGUCGCCAUGCUGAUAGUCACACUGAACUAGAACUGUCCCAACACAUUCUUCCUCUCUCAUAAUGGCUUCCAUUUAAUACAGGCAAAGCCCUUUACCUUAGCAAAUUCUUUAUCUUUCAAAAGUGACCAAAAUGAGGACUUCAACCUUGGCUGCACCUCAAUAGAAGAUGCUGAUCUUGAGUUGUAAUGAGAAAAGUGGGCAUAUAGGAGAUUUUAGUGACUGCAGUCAGCUGUCUGGCAUUCCUUUCUCAGUUUGCAUCCAAAAGACUACAUAUGUCAAGCUUAUCUCCACCUGAAUUUGCUGCCUGCUAUAAAAACAUUUCAUUAAUAUAUCCCAUUCUUCCUACCUCCAUCUCUGGUUUGUCAGUAGUGGUAUUCUGAAAAGCUUAAGAAAAAAGAAUCAUUGAGUACAAAGCAAACAUUUAUUUUCCUUUUUCAUUGGCAAUUAGUUAACAUGUAAAAUCUUUUCCAUUAAACUGUAUAACUUUUAAUAACUAUAUAUUAUAUAUGGGAUAAAAUAUAUGGACUGAAUUGUGAGAACAUAAAUGCAUCGAAAGACUCUGGUGUCAUGAAAGCACAAGAAUAAGGCUGGAGAUGGUCCCAGAUCCAAGAUGUCCCAAAAGCCUUUUGUAUCAGUUUCUCUAUUUUUGGUAUUUUGCAUAAUGCAUGGAUCCUUAGUUCAAAUGAGGGACAAAGUUUCUCAGUCAGCCCCACUUCCUUUCUUUCUAACUCCUACCUUUCCCUUGCAGAGGAGGUAGUAGAGAUUCUGAAUUGUCUAUUUUUAUGAAUUCCAUUAUUUUGUCCAUGGCAUCUCUAAUGAAAACAGGUUCUAGAAUAAAGGAGUUGAUUAGUCUGAACAGUACUAAUUAACUACAAAAUAAACGUUAGUGAUCAGCCUCUUCCUCUAUAAACAAUGACCAAUUAGACGUUUCCGUAAUUCCAUGUAUUAUGUAUAGUACACUCUAUAAAUGUAAAUGUAAUGCUUGUCUAAAAAGUGCAAUUUAUUGUACAUUGUCCCAACAAAUGUUUACUUUUAUAAUCGUUAUGAACUUGAAUUGGAUUAGUAUCUUGUUUUUAUGUGUGAAUGAAGCCUUGUGAAAUAAACAAAUGCAACUGAGAAGGUAACAAGGUGACUGUUUUUGUGAGCCAGUGAUGUUUUCAAUGCUUUGUGUUGCCCCUUUGGCCCCAUUAAGCAGUAAUAAACAUUUGUUCUGAAGUCCA